GCUCCCGAACUCCGAUCACCCCACGGACGGAUUCCGCCCUUUAGCUCCCCGCUUCAUUUCCUUAAUCUUCCCCAAUUCUUAAUUGAGGCAAAAAUCAAGGUAGGGCGGCCACCCUACUGGGUCCUCCGCCCGUGCCUGCAUCCAUGGUUCUUCCUCAGCAAACCGGAGGAUUGCUGGAGGCCGACGUUACCGAGAGCUUCAUACAUAAGCUUCAGCUUAGUGUAUCCAAUGGCCUUCCUCACGCGGCGCCGGUUCCGGCAUCAAGAGCGGAAGAAGAUGAGCUGGUUAAAAGUGUCUUCCAAGUGCUCCAAGGUUUCGACACGCUCCUGCUCUACUGGGACGAGAAUGUGCCAGCAUACUGCGAGAAAGCGGGGACGUAUGUGUCGCAUCUGUCACGGGCGAGCCUCGGAUCCGUGCUGAAGCCUCUUCUGUUCGCGGCGACAUGCUUGAAGCUUGUGGAACUUUUUGUUGGGAAAGUUAGGUCGUGCGGUCAUGGGACUCCAACAUUGAAUGCGUUUGCUAGUUCAGUCCAUUCCUGGCUUAUGAGGCUUCGAGAAGCAGCUCUGAAAGAGGAAGAGGAGUUAUUUCUUUCAGUCGACCGGACUAUAACUCUUCUCGGUUUGACUGAUUCUAUGUCAAGUUUAUGUUCUGGAGCGGAACAUUUGUAUCAAGUUGUGCAUGGAGCUGUGCCAGAUGGCUUUUGGAAUUCUGGAGCAAACAUUGCAUCCAGUGAAGUGGCAGUUCAUGUUCUGAACCAUAUUUUUAAGAAGUUAAAUGAAGUCUGUCUCGUGGAAGAUGGCGAGGGUGAACCGUAUCAUAUGCUGCUAGUGAUAUUUGCUGGAAGCUUGUUACCUUAUCUUCAUUGUCUUGAUUCCUGGCUUUAUGAUGGCAUUCUUGAUGACCCUUAUGAAGAGAUGUUCUUUUAUGCAAAUAAUGCAGUUACAGUAGAUCAACCCUCCUUCUGGGAAAUGAGCUAUAUGCUCAGAGUAAGAGGAUCGCGAGCUGACAAUUCAUCAACUUUAACUGACACUGAAUCUAUCAGGACAAAGGAAUCAAACAAGCAGGAACCAGCUAAUACAGGAGCUUGCUUGAAAGCCAGUAAUCAAGGUUACGUGGAUAUACUAUGUCCAGUGUUCUUGAAGGAUAUUGCAAGAGCCAUUGUAUCUGCUGGAAAAUCAUUUCAGCUUGUCCAGCAUGUUCAAAGCACACAUCAUACUAGAACUCACGAGGGUACAAAUGGGUUUGAUGUUGAUCAGCAUUCCAAUCACAGUAGUCGACUGAAUCGGCCAGAUAUAUUAAGUUUUGAAAUCAAGGCGGGGCAUCUAACAUGUGAAGAUGAUCUUAGAAAAUCUACUGGCCAGUUUGGACAUGAUGCUCGUGAAAUGGGACUCUUAACUUUGUCUGAGAUAUUCUUGAUAUGCCUAUCUGGUCUGUUAGAAAAUGGUGACCAUGUUUAUGAAUACUUAAGAAACCUGCCCGCUGGUAGUACUCCAGAUGUCAAAGCUUUACUGGAAUGCAAGAGUGAUGCACAAGGAACAAAGGAAGCAUGUGCAGAAAACAGCUCUGAAAAGACUUGGUUAAAGCUCCUAAGAGAUGCUAUAUCAGGAAGAAAAUGUGAUGAUAUGGAGAAAACCCUGUCCAAAAGUGCUGCUAUGAGGGAUCCAACAUCUGUUCAUGAAUAUUUGCAAGAUCUAUCUUCCAAUGCAGUGGACAGACAUUUCAGUCCAUGUUGUUAUGAAAAUCCAGCCAUCACUACUUGUGGAGAUGCACUGCGGAGGAAUCCAAACUCUUGGAGCAACUUGAAUAUCUCUAAAUGCUUUGAUCUUCCUCCGCUGAAUGAUGAGAACAUGCGGAGAGCUAUAUUUGGUGAUCACCAUUCUGCUGGAACUAGCAUUUGUGGCGAUACACAAUCUACAACAUCUUUUCCCAGACUGGAUGGAACCGAUUAUAAGUUUGGCUUUCAGUUUGAUGACUUGGAAUAUGUCCGCCAAGAGGAUGAUAGAAGGACCUUGGAGGACCUUUAUGCAUUUCCGACUCUUCUUCCAUGUGUCAAUGAAAAUGUCCCGUUGUCGGAGAUCUUACCUUUGCAGAAAGAUAGUACGCUUGCGUCGAGAGUUCUGAAGUUUAUUCAGAGCAUGGCUUUGAAAGACCCCCUUCAUCCAGUGGGUAUUAUCCAAGAAUGCCUUUCUAAAUGUAUAAAGAGACAGGUGGAUCACAUUGGCAGGCAAAUCCUAUGCAAGCUAAUGGGUGAAUGGAGAUUAAUGGACGAACUCUUAGUAUUACGAGCUAUCUAUUUGCUAGGAUCAGGUGACAUGCUGCAGCAGUUUCUGAUAACAAUUUUUGAUAAGCUCGAUAAGGGGAAUUCCUGGGAUGAUGAUUUUGAGUUGAAUACUUUAUUGCAGGAAUCCAUAAGAUACUCAGCUGAUAAAAUGCUCCUAACUGCUCCAGAUUCGCUGGUUGUUUCACUAGCAAAGCCUGACCCACGAUAUGAUGAGGAAAGUGCAUUAACUUCCAGAAAAGGCCGUGCACAAGGUUUUGGCAUUGAUGCACUUGACGUGCUUAAUUUCACGUAUAAGGUGUCUUGGCCUCUUGAUCUAAUUGCUAAUGCGGAGGCUCUGAAGAAGUAUAAUCAGGUCAUGGGAUUCUUACUGAAGGUCAAGCGUGCAAAGUUUGUGUUGGAUGAAACUCGGAAGUGGAUGUGGAAGGGCAGGGGCAGCACGGCACAUAAUUUUAAACAACACUUGAUAGUAGGGCAGAAGCUCCUCCAUUUCGUCGAUGCAUUUCAUCAAUAUGUCAUGGACCGAGUGUAUCAUAGUGCAUGGACUGAGCUUUGUGAUGGCAUGGCAUCUGCUACCACACUGGACGAAGUCAUGGAAGUUCAUGAGGCAUAUCUUUCUUCUAUUCAGCGGCAAUGCUUUGUGGCAUCCGAUAAGUUGUGGGCCCUCAUCGCCAGUCGAGUCAAGACUAUACUAGGAUUGGCGCUAGACUUCCACAAUGUGGAGCAAACUCUCGGUACCGGUGGAACCACUCCAGCUGUUAGGUCAAGAUGUGAGAUGGAGCUGGAUCGGAUCGACAAGCAAUUCGACGAGUGUGUUGUGUUCCUCUUGAGGAUCCUAUCUUUCAAGCUCAACGUGGGUCAUUUUCCACAUCUCGCUGACCUGGUCACGCGGAUCAAUUACAAUCACUACUACAUGUCUGACACUGGAACCUUCUCUGCGAUCCCUGGGUCCCGGUCACGGCAGCAGCCUUGAUAGGAAUUGUAGGUGUUCUCCUUCUGCGGAGAAUGUAUGUACAAGGAGUUGUAAGUUUGUAGCAAGCGAACCUGAGGCAGCCAGCCAGUAGUUUCUGAAUCCCUUCAUUUUAUUCCCCCGCGGUUUUGAGGAUGUAACACUGUUUGAUUUAUUUCCCAGGUUCAGUUGUAUGUGUGCACAUGAGUUGUUCCCAGAGCUCCGUAAGUCUGACAUUUAGUAGAAAAUGGUUGGAUUCCUUGUGCUGGAACACAAGUUGCAAUAUAUGUUUGAGAACGUCCCGAGCACCCUUUCAAAA